AUGUUUUCAAGUUGUAUUGAGGCAAAAGACAUUAUUGCAGAAGCCGUAAAUCUGAAAAGAUUGUACAUUGCUAUAGCUGAAGCGCUUCGACCAGGAAAUGCGUCGAUUAAAUAUGUUGACAUACAAUUGGAUAUUAACAAUGUACCAAAUCCGACUACAAUUAAAACCAAAAAAAAUUUUUUUUUAAAAAAAUGUUAUAUUUACAAAAGAGAAAAACAAUAUGAACAUCCUUCAGAAUCAACCAUCCGUAGGCUAAAUGAGAAACUGGAACUAACACAGAACCAAGCCAAACACAAGACCAUACUUCCCAAUGAGCAUCCAAGUCCAAGAGAAAGAAAUACAAGACCGAUAUUGGAAAUGGAAAGAUUAAAUUUUGAAGAAAAAGUUCUUGGAAUAAGGAUAUUAUAG